GCCGCCGGGAAGAGGCUCGGGGCCGCGGCAGUCCCGCGGGGAGGCAGCGAGGGGACCCUCGCCGAAAGCGCGAGCAACACCCCCCCCCACACACUCCGCCGCGCCGCCUCUGCCCGCCCCCAGCGAAGAGAAACAAAACACAACCCCGGCACAGCCACGCUCUCCCUCUUUCUCCUGUCGGCAUUUGGUGGUUGUUUUUUUUUUUUUUUUAAAUUUUUUUCUUUUUUUUUCUUGGGGAUUCUUCUCUCUCUUGCCAGACUGACUUACACCUUCUUGAUAAUUUCUCUUCCCUUCGUUUUUUAUACUCUUCUCCCUGCUUUCAAACCCUGUGUCUGUGUGUUUCAAUACUAUCACAACCUCUGCUAAAAAUAGAUCUUUUUAUAUACCCUUCCUCCUCUCUGACCCCAUCCAACACCCCUUGUUAAGGUAACCAUCUUACACACAGAGCAAGAAACAUAAAUUCACUUGGCUGUCCUGUAUCUCUAAGGAACCUGAUGCAUGACUGGACUAGAGAAGGGGAAGACAGAAAAACUCCAAAGACCUGCAUAUCAUCUUGCUGGCAGGGUCAAGUUUUCUUCAGAUUGAGGCAGAACUGUGGCUCGUGAACAUCUGAUGUGAUAGAACAUAUUCAACACUCUUAGAUAUCUUGAGACCUCAGAGUGACUACAAAAACUGACCAACGACAGCAUUUUUUAAAAUAUCACUGGUCUUCUGACAAGUUGAUUAAGUGAAUAGAAAAAAUAAAAAAGAAAAACGAAGCUACUUUCAAGUAUUGAAGAUACAAGGCCAGGAUGAACACGAAGGACGGAAAAGUGUCUGAAGGAGGUCUCAAUGUCACGCUUACCAUACGCCUUCUCAUGCAUGGCAAGGAGGUUGGAAGCAUUAUCGGAAAGAAAGGUGAGACAGUGAAGAAGAUGAGAGAAGAGAGUGGUGCUCGAAUCAAUAUUUCAGAAGGCACUUGUCCAGAGAGAAUUGUGACAAUAACAGGCCCAACAGAUGCAAUUUUUAAAGCUUUUUCUAUGAUUGCACUAAAAUUUGAAGAGGACAUAAACGCUUCAAUGACGAACAGCACGGUGACAAGCAAACCACCCGUAACGCUGCGGCUCGUCGUCCCAGCAAGUCAGUGUGGAUCCCUUAUAGGAAAAGGAGGUUCCAAAAUCAAAGAAAUCAGGGAGUCCACAGGAGCCCAGGUGCAGGUAGCAGGGGACAUGCUGCCGAACUCGACGGAGCGCGCAGUGACUAUCUCGGGCACUCCCGACGCCAUCAUCCAGUGUGUGAAACAGAUAUGUGUGGUUAUGCUGGAGUCCCCACCCAAAGGUGCCACCAUCCCCUACCGUCCCAAACCUGCCUCUGCACCUAUCAUUUUUGCAGGUGGCCAGGUAAGAGCAGACACCAUUUUGGCUUCAGCUGGAAACCACACCGUCUUGGCCCAACCUCAGCCAGCGCCUGCAUUCACGAUUCAGGGGCAGUAUGCCAUCCCUCAUCCAGACGUGAGUCCAGCACAUUUGACCAAGCUUCACCAGUUGGCUAUGCAGCAUCCCCCCUUUACUCCCCUUGGGCAGACCACCCCUGGUUUCCCUGGACUGGAUGCCACUACUCCAACCAGUUCCCAUGAACUUACUAUUCCCAAUGAUUUAAUAGGCUGCAUUAUUGGCAGACAAGGCAGUAAGAUAAAUGAAAUCAGGCAGAUGUCAGGAGCGCAGAUCAAGAUUGCUAAUGCCACAGAAGGCUCCGCAGAACGACAAGUUACAAUCACAGGAUCCCCUGCAAACAUCAGCUUAGCACAGUACCUCAUUAAUGCAAGGAUAUGUUCUUCUCUUGGUGUUCAGGGAUUCCCCACACAUCGAGACGAGAAUAGACCCCUUCAUUUUUAGUUGCACAAACACCAUAUGGCAUGCAUCUGGAUCUCGGAAGAUAACAAUUUAAGAUCUUCAAGACAGCUAAAGCAUGCAAAUAAAGUAAUGCACUUAUUAAUGGAAUUGCAGUGAGCUGCUCACCAGAGACAGACUCUAGUGAACAAACCUGUUUGACUCACUUUAGAAAAGCCUGUGAACUCUCACACUUCUGUUGAUUACUGUCUAAUGAUUCUUUUGACGGAAUGGGAUCUAUAUGAGGUCUUUUAACAUACUUUGGCAAAGAAGAAAGCUUCUCAGCAGUCAUAUACUACGGAUACUCAAUACCCUGUGAAACCAGAAACAAAAUAUUUUCUUCUUGUUAAAUUUCUAGAUAGAAGUCAUUUGUUACCAUCGUCUACAAUAAACCAUCAUAUAUUAUGUACCAUGUGUUGAAACUGUAUUUAGAUGAAGUGACUUCAUUUGUAAAUGAAGACCUUAAAGUAAUGUUUAAUAAAUUAAGCUGUAAGGUAACAUAGGAAAUUAAGGUGGCUUUUUCAUUUUAAAAAGUGACACUGUUCCAGAUCUCUCCUUUCACAAGAGACACUCCUGUCCAGCCAGGUGCCACCACAGCAGCAGUGCUUGGUGGCAGUUGCACUGGAGAAAGGACUGAGAAACUGUCAGGCAAGUGGGAGGUUUGCUCUAGCUGGGGUUUAGGUGCUCAGGCAGGUGUCUGAGGGUCAGAGCCAGGCGGCUGCUGCUGCUGCUGCUUUUGCUGCCUCUGUGUGCUGGGGACAUCUCAGGGUUAUGUCAGUCCUAAACCUGUCACAAGUGAUGCCUUCUCUUUUAAAGAUGGUGGCAUAAAACAGCACUGGGGAAGAGAUGAGUACACUAUAGUACUGCCCAAAGUAUAGUCUGGUAUGGGAAAAUAAUAAUUAUAAAAAGUAAAAGCCAUAUAAGCAUUCAGUGUAAGGUAGACUUUUUCUUUUUUCUCCCGCACCGGAUCUGUCGUUUAUGGAAAUUUGGUUUCCAGGGCCGGUAUUUCUGCAUAAACCAGUGUCUUUCAGCAGCAUAAGAUGUAAAAAAUCCAAACUAAUCUAUCCACAGUAAUCCUGAAACAUUCUGCGUGUAUCUUUAAACUAUCCUCCAACCAAAGUUGCUAUCUAUAGAAUAAUUUAUCAGCUUGCUUUAAGACUUUUGUUGCAAUCUGGUGUUGGAUAUGUACAUAGUAUACUCUAAAUUAUAGAUAUAUAAAUAUAUUGAUACAAUAUCAAGACAGAGAUAUAAAUAUUUCUAAAGUAUUGUUUUGAUUCUGUGUUGAUUAUCUGAGCACUGACCUCUGUAUGAGUAGAACAUGUCCUAGUUUGUUUGCAGUAGAACUGUCUUAUUUCCUGUAAAACCUUCUGUCUCUUAACUGGUCUCCACUGUAGUAACUGGAUUUUCAUUACUCAAUUCCAUCUUCUAGCUUUUAUUAAGAACGAACCGCAGUUUAGUUUUCCUGUGUAAGACUCGGCUUUGGAUUAUAAAUGAACUGUAGCUAGCAGCACUUGCUCCUUGUUGAAGGGCAGUUUCCUGAAAGGUAUUUUUUUACUGUCCUUUUCUCAAGGGGUUCAUUCAUAGAGCUAAUAGGACUGCCAAAGCCACAUCUGAGCUCUGUUCUUUUCAGCAAUUUUGCGUGAUGCAGGAUGUGCCCUUCAGUGUAUAUAUUCAGAAAGCAUAGCUCUUCAAAGAGACAAUGUAAAAUUGUAUGAAGGCUGCCUCAUCCACUUUCACAUUUAAUUUUAUUGCAUCCACAACUGGUUUGGGAAACUGCCACUGCCAUGGGACAACUGACAGUUAACCUGAUGAACUUUCUCCUUAUGUGUUGCCCUUAUGUUUCCAGUAACAAAUGGGAAGCAGGGCAAAUUACUGCUACAAUCAUACCUGUGUGAGUACACCAGAGACAGGGAGUUCGAAUGGCUGCUACCAGCACCAGCAUUUGGUCUGUGGGAUCUGUUCUCCUUGCUGGUGCAGGAAAAAUCUCAGGCUCAAACACCUUCCCUUAUCAGUAGGGAUUUUUUUUGUUUCUGUUAAAUGCACAGUAGGCAAAUUUGGAGUCACUGAAACACUUGAGUCCUGCAUUAUCUUUCUAUAUGCCUCCCUCCCAGAAUAAUACUGAGUCAUAUUAAAAAAUCCAGCUGUAUAAACUGAGUUUUUCAAAACAUACAGGGUAUCACAUAUAACUCCUACACCCCCAAGUCGAGGAUGUACACUGGAGUUGAAUUCACUGAUUCAGUGGUCUUGAUGUAAAUCCCUCAGUCUGAGCAGACUGCAAGUAGCAUGUGCUGACAGCACAAGGAUGAUUUUCUCUCUGCAAAGAACAGCUCUGCUGCGAGGGUUAGAAAAAUUCUGAGUUGCUCAUCCAUGGGGACAGAUAAAGACCACCAGGGAGGAAAAUAAAAACUUUACCUCCCACAAAGCAGUCUGCAUUUCAUGCACUCACCCUCCUCCCCUCCCAUCUCCUCACAGCUAAUGUGCGCCUUCCAACUUCCCAGCAAAAGCCGCUGAGGAGUUAAUACUCCAAGAGCCCUCUUUCACGAGAAAGAGAGAAGCUCAGUGCUUAAGCUCUCCCUCUCUUCUCCAUUUUCCUCUCCCCAGCUCAGACCCAUUCCAAGUAUCCUUUAGACUUGCCCUCAGCAGCAGUGCUUUGGGAAGCUCUAGUCCCAUGUCCCCAUUCCCUACGUAGCGCUGGUUGAUCGCUUGCAUCCUUGCUCGAACCUUUCUCUGGCUGUCAAUAGCCCAGAGGCUGUUACUCUCAAAACUGCGUGUAAGUCUAAGGUGAGGAAAAGCGAGGCUCUUGCAAGCCCUGUGUAGGGUGAUUGUGCUCCCCUCCCAGCCUGUAGUCUGGCUACAGCUGCUCUGCAGGCCUGCACACCCUGUCCCCAACAGGGACCAGCACAAACCCUAUGCUAGGAAGCCUCGUAGGGCCCGAUGUGGUUUGGUAAGAAAGAGGCAGGUCCUCUGCAGAGACAGUUAGCAGCUUGUUUGCACUCCAGUCUGGAGGGGAGGAGCUUCUGCGGCUCCUCAGAUCACCUAAGGAGAAAGCCCAGGAGCCUGACAAGUUAGUAAUUACCACAAAGAAAACCCCAAAUUUAAUAGGAAUAUACAUAUAACUGUAGCUAGCAAAGAUUUCCUAGCCCAUAGUUCUAUUUAUAUGCUAGGCUGCUAUAGCUCACAGCUGGUCACCUGCAAAAUGCAUCCUGAAAUUAAUACUUAGGUUAUUUGCUGGCCCAAAAGCCAGUGCACAAGCUGCAACAAACAAACAGCAAAGAGAGGAUUUAUUUAGGCAAACAUUUUGUCAUCUGAAAAAAAAAGAUGCGUCCUUGGAAAUACUGUCUAAAAAUGUACAGAAAAGCAGGAGUAUGUGGGCCAAACUCAUCUCACCCACUGAUGGGUGGAGUUAGGCUAAAGUGAAGGUGGUUUGAUACCUACAUCCUCCAAAAAGAGCCCAUCGCUUCCUUGGGCUCGGAGGUUGGGUCAGCCUUGAACUUCCUCAUGCUGUUGGGGUCUGUCUGAGGAUAUGUAUGUUGUAUCCAUGUAGUACCUUGUCUGUCAGCUGGUAAGCUUUUUCAUGUUCACUGUAACCACUGCCACAAGCUCAGAAAGGAUACCACUGCUGUGUAAGCCGGGGUGUUUUUCAGUGUUCCUUUUUUACUAAUUAACUUGAUUAAUAAUUAGAUUGCAUAAAUAUUUUGUUGUGAUAUUAAAAAGUCUGGGGGAAGUACAAACCAAAGUGAACACACUGGCUAAUCUGGUUUGUUUUAUAUGAAAAAUGCACAUUGACCUCACAGUGAAUGAAAUGAAAAACUAACUUGCUUAAAAAAAAAAAAAA